CCGCGCCAGUGUUCCUCAGGGCCGCCCGUCUCCGCCCACCUGGAGCCAUGUUGCUGGGUGCCGUUGGUGGCCCCGCGUCCCCAGGCACUGCUCACAGGUGCCACAGGUGAGGCACGGCGCCCCGCCCCUGGUGGUGGUGAGCUGCGACGGUAAGCUCCUCUCGAAGUAACGCGUCCGUGACGUCACUCCCUCGGCCACGCUCGGCUCUGAGUCGGGUUACCAAAUAUGGUGAUGAGGAGGCGGCCCCGCUUCGUGACGUAGCGGCGACACACUGAUGCCGAGCUGGACCUGCACGUGCGGUUCUAACGAGUCGCUGGCGCCGUGCUGAGCCCUGCUGGUGCUGAGCCUCCCGUCAGGCUGGUGCUGCCGUGCAAAACAAAGCACUCGGUGUGCUGAGACUCUGGUGCGCACCGCCGGUUUGAAUAACUUGCGACUUAUCGACUUGUACCGCUGAGUACGGAGAAGAGCGUGACGUUCUAUGACGCCACAAGCGCGCGCUGAUUGGCUGUGCUGGGUGCUCGAGUCCCAUUCAUAAAACUGGUGGGCCACACGCGCGAGGUGUUCAGUGAGUAUCGUGGCAGUGUUGGGGAAGGAGGUGCCAGCCGCUCGCCGCCUUGGCUCCACUGGAAGACGUGUGGUCGCUGGGGGCCCGGCGUCGCCUCUCGCGUUUGCUUUCCUACACCAUAUCAGGUUCGGGGGAGAAGCAACCCCCGCCUGAAGACUCUCGCACAUCCAGUGAGGAAGAUCUUAACUUUUCCACCAUGAUUAUGGACGGUAUUGACCCGAUGUCUGCUGCAGCCAUGGCAGAGUCCUCAGCCAUGUCGUUCAGUUUGGUGAGCUUUGACACGUUCGACAAGGGCGGGGACUGCCUGCCGUCUGGGUCUAUGUUUGACCGCCCCGUGGAGGAUCUCAACACUCCCGUCACCACCUCCGAGAUGCCCACCUUCUUCCAGGAGGUGGAGCCCCUGGAGGAGCCUGACCCGCCCCCAAUCACAGCGUCGGUGGGGAGCGUGGAGGAGCAGCCCAGCCCAGCGAGCGUGGCGGACCCGUCCUCGCCUGCGGAUCUCCCGCCGCAAGUCACCCACCAUCACCUGCACCCAACUCCCGCCUCCACCCCCGUGCAGCAGGAGGCCGUGAAGCAAGAAAUACAGGAGGUUGUCGCCAGCCCCAGAAUACCUUCUCCCGUGGGACUGGGUAGCCCUUGCCGGUCCCCGGGGGAGAGUGCAGCAGGCGACGCCGCCAUGUUCCCCCACCAAGCAGCUGCGGGCACCACGCCCGCCUCGGCCACGAGCAGCGUGGCGCAGGCGGGCGAGGCGCAGAAGGUGCAGGUGUACCGUGGCUCUUUCACCACGGGGCCUCAGACUUCGGCUCUGGGAGGGCCACAGGUCACCACGCCCUCGCCCACCACCAUCAAUACCUGGCUGUUCCCCAACCCCCAGCACGAGAAGACGGUGUUCACGCCCUUCCUGGGGUUCCUGCCGCAGCCAGUCAGCAGCAGCCAGCAAGUGCUGCCAGACUCCCCAGUCACUCUGGCGCAGUCCUUCUCCGGAUACGAUGACAGGCUGCCGGCCAUCAACAUCUCCACCGCGGAUCUGCUGCCGCCCUUCGACACGCAGCCGGCGGGGACGCUCAAACAGGGCCACACCUACCCUCCCUGCUCCUCCACGGCUGUCGUCACCACAUCCUCGGUGGUCGCAGGGCAGCUGCAGCAGCCCCCACAGCUGCCCCUGCCCGGCGCGCCGCAGCAGCCGCCUCCCCCACAGCCGCCUCAGCCUCAACAGCAGCAACAGCAGCAGCAGCAGGCGCAACAAGCGCAGCAAGCACAACAGGUACAGCAACAAGCACAACAACAAGCACAACAAGUACAGCAGCAGCAGCAGCAGCAGCAGCAGCAGUUGGCGGGCGUGCCCCAGGCGGGAACAUCUCAGGUGGACUUCGGGCGGAGUAUGGUGGGCAGCAAGUUCCAGUACCCGUCUCAGUUCACACAGGUGUUCAGCGUGGGCGGCGUGGCGGAGCCCGUGGCGGGGCCUUCGGGCGUGGUGGUGCCCAAGCAGGAGCCCGUGUACCACGAUUCCGCCAACCUGGCAGAGUACAAUCAGUCCACCAGCAAGGGCCACGAGAUCCUGACGCAGGUGUACCAGUCCACGCAGGUGCCCCUCAAGCUGAUCCCCGUCAAGCCGCGGAAGUACCCCAACCGCCCCAGCAAGACGCCCGUGCACGAGCGCCCUUACGCCUGCCCUGUCGAGAACUGUGACCGUCGGUUCUCCCGCUCCGACGAAUUGACGCGACACAUCCGAAUCCACACGGGACAGAAGCCUUUCCAGUGUCGGAUAUGCAUGCGGUCCUUCUCGCGCUCCGACCACCUCACCACACACAUACGCACGCACACGGGUGAGAAGCCCUUCUGCUGCGACAUCUGCUCCCGCAAAUUCGCGCGUUCCGACGAGAAGAAGCGGCACGCCAAGGUCCACCUCAAGCAGAAGUUGAAAAAGGUGAGCGGCAGUUCACCCGGCGCGGCGCCCCCGCCCCCGAGCAGCAGCAGCGCCGCCCCACCCCCACAGCACCCGCCCCAGCACCUACAGCAGCAGCAACCACAGCCGCAACAGUCAACACAGCAGCAGCAGCAACAGCAGCAGCAGCAGCAGCAGCAACAGCAGCACGUGGUGGGGGCGAGCGGCGCUGUGGUGACCACGGUGUGAGCGGCGCACCACCACACAUUCUCACCUCUCCAUAAGACAUUUUUUACAAGCUUUAACUAAGCUUUAUGGGCGGGUCGUGGCGGCGGCAUGGUGGGCGUGGGCGGCCUCCCCCCGCGCCCCCUGUAACUUCUUUAUUAACCAGUAACCCGCCGGCCGCCCGCGACCCCCGCCCCAUCCACCCAC